AUGACUAAAAAGAAACAAGCUACUCCCACACCAACCACUUUUGCACCUCCCCAAUUAAACGAUUUUCUAAUUCAUAAUUUUUGUAUCGGAAGAGAAACCACAUCAAAUGGUGCUUUAAAGUUAAUCAGCUACGGAGAUUGGGGAUUAGCAAUUUACCGAACUCCGAUUGGUGUAAAAUUUGGAGUUCAUUCAUCAGAGGAUUUUAUUACUCAAUUCUUGAAUGAAGAUUAUUUGAGAGAGGACGAAAGAGAAGUAUACGAAAGUAUCGACCUAAUGAGUAUGUUAGAAAUAAUGCCAAUUGAAUUGGAAGAAUUGAAAUCUGCCAAAUCAAAGAUUAAAACAUUUGAAGGUUUACCAGAAAAGUUUGGGAAAUGCAUUAGAACUUGUUGUAAUGGAAAUAACAAAUGUUUUGUUGGAAUUGCAAAUGCACAUGUUUACUGUUUUGAUUAUGGAACUUCUUAA